AUGUUCCUCGAUAUGGAAAUCCGUAUAUGUGUUCUUUACGAGUAUAAACUCAACCGCAAUGUACCGGUGGCCUUCGAGAACCUAAGUCGAGCGUUUGGUGACGGAGCAAUCUCCAGAGAAUCCGUAUACCGAUGGUAUAACCGAUUCCGGAAAGGAAACGAAACUCUGGAAGAUGAGCGAGGGCCCUUCUCAAUCAUCAAUGAUGACGACCUAAAGAAGUAUAUCGAGGAAUACCCAUUUUUGUCUCUGAGGGAAUUAGCGAAACGAUUUGGUGUGGGAAGAACUGCCAUAAGAUAUCACUUGAAUAAAAUCGCGGACGGCAAACGAGUUCGAUACGAUCCAAAGAAAGCAGAAGAUGCGAAAAAGCGCAAACAGGGGAUUCCAGUAGAAGACGACGAGCAAACUACUUCAUCUUUGGAAGUCCCAGCUAAGAAAGAAAAA